AUGAAUAGUGAGGAACUCUAUCAAAAGCUGUCUUAGCUCGAGGAGUCUUUAAUAUAUGAAUAACUUGAAUAAAAUAAGACAGACAUUAAGAUUGAGAAGAGCGUUAUAGUUUGCAGAUUUGAUUAGAAAGAAAAAAGCAGAUUCAAGCCUGGGUAGAAGUUCAAACUCGAUAGAGAUCUGAGUAAAAAUUUGUUCCUGGUCAUAUUGUCUUAUCUGAAAUGCAAUGAGAUACAUGCAUUAUUUAUGACCAACAAAAUCAUAAAUAAAAAGAUUAGCAAUGAAUUUUACUUUCAUAAACUCAGAUUUGACGCCUACUAGAAAUUUUUCCUUUAAUAAUUUAAUACGUCUUCUUCAAAGCAAUGGGCUUUUUCUUUCUAAACAAGAGAAAGUGAAAGUUCCAAUGACUAUAGUUUCUAAUAACUUAGUCAAAAAGAUAAACAAUCGAGAUGCUCAAGGGCUAGUCAUGAUUCAAAUGAAAAAAUUAAAGAGUAAAUUUAGGAAGAGGUUAAAAAUAUUAGGGAAUUUAACGAAAAAAAUCUCUGUAUUAAUGUCCCUAACUAAGACUAUAACUAUGAGAACAUAAAGUUUGAAGAAAUGAAAGAGUCUUGCGAUCAGCUGCAUUAAUAGUAUAGGAAGUUGAUCUGCAAUAAAAAAUUCCUCAUCUCUUAAUAUAAGAGGUAUUUUAAGGACAGAUAUUCUAUGGAUUGUGAGAAUUUUGCAAGAGAACUUCUACUUGACCCAUCAGACUCAAAUUUCCAAUCCCCUAAUGCUGAAAGUUCCAAAGAAUAGAUAACUGAUGCAGAUUCAAUACUUAAACAGUCCUUGACUUCUAAAAAUAAGAUAAAAAUUUUGCAAUAACUCAUGAGUGAUCUUUGUGACUUAAAAUAAUAAUGCUUGAACUUCGAAAAAAUAAUUUAGGAGUAGGACCCUCUUCAAUAGAAAUUUUCUAUGAUGUAUUAUUACUUAUCCAAUCUAAAAUUGCUAAUGAAGAAGAUAUCAAUGAACUUAGUCAUUAAGGACACUUUUACAAAAUACUUGCUAAAUUAGGGUAUAUUAACGGAGUAAUCUCUAAGCUGCCACUGUUACUUGGGAGACUUUCUCCUUUUAAAUAUUUUAGAUUAAAUAUGGAUAUAAUAUGUUUAUCAGCCAAACUUGGAAGACCUUGUAGAAAUUCUCAAAAGGGAAGUUGAGAUGUGCCACCAUAUUGAAAGACUAGAUGAUCUAUUAUACAAAAGGAAUAUUUUGCUCAAGAUGUUAGAGGAAGUUAAACUAAUGGAAUCCAAUUAGUAAAAUAAUCUUAUAUACGCCUAAAUUGUGAAUCCUAACUAUUAGAUUUGCGAGCAAAGCUAGUUCAAUUAUUUAAAUGAACAUUUCAAAGAUGUUAUUAAGAUAUUUCUGAUUCAUCUUUGCAAAACUUCAAAUUCACUAGGUGAAUUUCAAUCUUAUACUAAGAAAUAUGAGUGCUCAAAGUUCAUAAGCCCAAAUUAUGAAAGAUACUAUUUCUUCCUCAAGUUAUAAAUAAUAAAGCUUUCAUUUUCAAAAGAAUUAGAGUAAAAACUUUUGGAAAUGAAUAACAUUCAGACCUUUCAGGCUACAAAAGAAAUGUCUCUUAACCAACUUUUACCUCACACUCUUCAUGGAACCUAUUUUUAUAAGAUGGUGCAACAGAUUCUUAGAUCUGCUGAUAUUUAAAACAUUCAUAGUCUUUCCAGCAUAAAGUAAUGUCUGUUCUUGGCUUUAUUUAUUGAUGGAAACAUUACUUGGGCAGAAAGGCUUAACAAAUCGCUUCGAAAAUGUCAGGAGAAACUUAUGAAGUAUAAUAAAGAUGAGCAAUAAUUUUAGGAGAGUAAUUCUGAUAUUCUAGAAGGAAAUUCUAGUGAAUUUUAAAAACUCAUCGUUUAAAUAGCUCUGAUAAUAGAUACAACUCAUAACUUCGAAGAAGAAAUAAAUAUCAGGAAAGAAUAGAAAAAAUAGAAAAUAUAGAGAGAUAUAUACUCUAGAUUGCAGUUAUUGACAAUUCAAUAAUUUGACCCUAUGAUUUAAGUAAAUAGAAACGUAAGCUUGAGUGCAAUUAAUAGAAGAGAUUUAAUACAGUAGCAACUUGUGCUUGAGAAUAUAAAUAUAACUGAAGGGCAUUGA